AUGCUGUACGAAAUGAUCGGAGUGGUACGGCCUGGCCGCCUCUCCGAAGUCAAAGAAAUCGCCAAAACCGCCGGAAAAAUCGUUCUCGAUCAGCAGGGCGUUGUGCGCGGCGUCUCCAACUGGGGAACGUUUCUGCUCCCCAAGCCAGCCAAGAAGCUGCAAUCGACACAUCACUACGGCCACCACUUCAUUAUGCGCUUCGAUGCCAGUGCCCGCGCUCAGCACGCCCUGCGCAGGACCAUGAGUCUGGACCCGCGUCUUAUCAGAUACAGUGUAGUCAAGAUGGGUACCAAGUUUGAGGAGAUCAAGGAUGUACCAGGCACAGCCAAGUUUAGGUGA